AUGUGUGGAGUGGAAGAGGGAGCAGCUCUGGAGCAGGCCAUCAUCAGCCAGAGGCCUCAACUGGAGAAGCUCAUUGCCACCACCGCACACGAAAAAAUGCCCUGGUUCCAUGGAACAAUAACACGAGAAGACUCUGAACCCAGGCUUCAAAAUGGUGCCCGUACAAAUGGAAAAUUCCUGAUCCGGCAGAGAGAUAUGAAUGGAUCCUAUGCUCUGUGUUUACUACAUGAAGGCCAAGUCAUGCAUUAUCGCAUCGACAGGGACAGGACUGGCAAGCUCUCUAUCCCAGAUGGCAAAAAGUUUGACACCCUGUGGCAGCUGGUGGAGCACUACUCAUAUAAACCAGACGGCCUGCUACGAGUGCUAACAGAUCCCUGUCCAAGACCUGAUGGAGUCAUUGGGCAAAUAGGAAGGCCACCACUCCCACGGGACCAUCCCGGAUUAAGUUCUGCCCUUCAAAAUGCGGCAGGUGGACUUCUCUCCAAACUCAUAACUGGCAUCAAAAAGACGGCCCAGGGACAGCAAACCCACAUCCCAGAAAAUCCCAAUCCUUAUGAAACCAGAGUGCCCAAUAAUCUAGUAGGUGGCAAAGAGGCCAUGCCAAUGGAUACAGAGGUAUAUGAGAGUCCAUACGCAGACCCAGAUGAACUGAGGAGUUCCACAGUGGAUCGCAAGCAGCUCUUCUUGGAGGAUGGAGAACUGGGCUCUGGGAACUUUGGCACAGUCAUAAAGGGCAUCUACAAGAUGAGGAAGACAGAGAAGCCAGUUGCAGUCAAAAUCCUGAAGAAUGACGAUAACAAUCCAUCAGUGCGUGAGGAAAUGCUGCGAGAAGCCAAUGUCAUGCAGCAGCUGGACAAUCCUUACAUUGUCCGGAUGAUUGGGAUCUGUGAGGCAGAGAACCUCAUGCUGGUCAUGGAGCUGGCUGAGCUGGGACCACUCAACAAGUUCCUGCAGAAGAACAAGCAAACAGGUGUAAAGAACAUCACAGAGCUGGUCCACCAGGUGUCCAUGGGGAUGAAGUACCUGGAGGAGCAUAACUUUGUCCACAGGGACCUCGCUGCCAGGAAUGUAACUGCUGAGAGACACGUCACAAACACUGGUGGAUACAGCUUCUUUGUGGCAGAUCAAGCAUGA